GCGUAAGUAAAGAAAUAAGUAAGGUUAUUUGCGAACAAUUUUAAAUAACAAAAACGGAUGAUAGAACUAACAACUUUUCACAAUGACACAAGAAAAAGACGAAAAAAGUCUAGUACUUUUUGGAAGGGAUAUUUCCAAAAUACCAUGUUUUCGUAAUAGUUUACUUUAUGGAAUUGGAGGAGGUCUAUUUUGUGGAUUAACUAGAUUCAUGUUUACAAGUCAGACAUUGAGAUCAGUCAAUUUCUCAGUAUAUUCUUUCACAGUAAUUACAUUAGGUUAUUGGUUUCAAUGUAGAUAUAAUUACUCUAAAGCAAAAUUUGAAAUGAUGCGAUUACAAGAAUUGUUAAAAACGCAUUCAAUAUUAGAAGGUACUGCCGAGGCAGAAAUUUUAGAAAAGGAAUUUGGAACAAAACCUGUUGAUAUAUAAGUUAUAUAUUUAUAGUCCUAUUAUAGAUUAUAUUCUGUAAAUAAAAAUAGUUCAUUCAAA